AUGGGAGACUUCUUUGGCACUGGGAUGAUUGUGGCUGAAGGAGUCAAUAUGUAUCCAACUGGAGUGUUCAGACUGGACGGACACACGGGGGCUCUGUUCUUGCUUAAAGCAUUGGAUCGUGAGGAGUUCCCAGAAUAUAAUAUCCUGUCCUGUGUGGAGUCGUGCUUUCUGCUGAGAUCUCUCUACGUAAUUGUACCUGAAAUAAUUCCACCUGGAUACCAAGUAGCAAAAGUUGAAACCGUCGGCUGUGAUGCAAAAUCAGUGCAGUUAACUGUGAAGGACCCGAGUUUCACAAUAAAAAGUAAGGGAGCAGUCGUAGCUUUAACGUCUGUCUCAGUGGGAGAAAGAGGACGGAUAUUUUCUGUGUCUGCUCGGGAGAAGAGUGGGCUGGAAAGAAAGAUGGAAGUUCACCUUGUCCACAGUACCAUCUUGAAAAGACAUCUGACGUCAGGUUCCUCAGACAGCCGUCAUUGGUACUAUACUAUUGAAGGAGAAGGAGUCAAUAUGUAUCCAACUGGAGUGUUCAGACUGGACAGACACACGGGGGCUCUGUUCUUGCUCAAAGCAGUGGAUCGUGAGAAGUUCUCAGAAUAUAAUAUUUGGGUGCGUACUUUUGACAUGCUUACUAAUGUGGAGAUAGAUGAGAAAUUCCCCCUGACAGUGAUUGUAGAUGAUGUCAAUGACAAUGCCCCGGAGUUCGUAGGUCCUUUACACUUUACAGUUCCUGAGCACUGUAGUGCAGGGACUGUGGUGGGAGUGGUGAGUGCAACUGACAGAGACCAAGGUGGCACCGACCAUGUGAAGAUUAAAUAUACACUUGUAUCUGGAUCAGACAUGUUUACCAUUCAUCCAGAAACAGGUGUCAUCACAACAACAACCAACACCCUAGACAGAGAGUUAAAAGACAACCAUGUGGUGACUGUAAAAAUCCAGGAUAUGAAUGGUGCACCAAAUGGUCUGGUUGCCACAUCAACAGCAACAAUUGCUCUGAGUGAUAUUAAUGACAAUCCACCAACCUUCAUGACAUCAUCUUAUAAUGUCACUGUGCAAGAAAAUGAAAGUGAAAAACUUUUACUUCGAAUUCCUGUUCAAGAUAAAGAUUCGAUAAAUACAUCAAACUGGAUGUCAAAGUUUGUCAUUACUAAAGGAAAUGAAAAUGGAAAUUUCAGGAUAGUUACUGACCCCCAAACAAACGAAGGGCUUUUGUACAUCUCAAAGCCAUUAGAUUAUGAGAAAACCAACGAUGUCCAGCUUCAGAUCACUGCACAAAAUGUAGCAGCACUGAAUGGCAGCAGUGCCACGUGGCAGUCCAUCCCUGUGAGUGUUAAUGUUGAAAAAGUGGAUGCAGUCAGGACUGGACUGGGACUAUAG